GUAGUCGGCGGACAUCUUUGAACGGGCCGGAAGACGUCGGGCCGAGAGGCACCUUCCUCGUUUCCUAUUCGCGAAUCGGCUCUUUUGAACCGGGCGGGGGAUCCCAAGGGCCGAGCUCUGCUGCUCGCGCGCCAGAUUUCCGAGUCGUUUUCGAAGCGGGAGAGAGUGGCAAGGCCGACAAACGGCGCGUUAUAGAGAAGCAACAGAAAAGCCGCUUAAAUGUUUUGGGGCUGGAAGCAAAGUGCGAGGCACAAGUGGAGCUGAGAAAGAGCGCCUCGCUGUGUAGUCUGUUCCAUUCCCACCCACCCACUUAACCCACUCCGAACACAGCCGGAAGUCUCUUGCGCUAACCUCGCCUCUUUCCCUCUAAGGAAAAAAAGGCGGCGGAGGAGCCGAAUUCAAGGUUGCCGCGGUGAGUUUACUGCGGGAGAAAGCAGAGAGGGGAGCUGCUACCCGGAAUCAGGCUCCAUCCAAAAUUGAAGAGACUGCCGUGAUGUUGCACAAAUUGGUUAUAAAGUGUGGAAACUUUGCUGUUCUGGUGGAUUUCCAUGUUACGUCACGUGACUCCAGUAAGGACACUGUGUGGUUUUCUGAUCGUAAGAGAGAGGAUGUCUGCUUGCUGCUAAAAGAUGUGGUUGAUUCAAGGGUGACGCAGUACCUGAAAGGUCGCAAACGGCACGGACAGUCGAAGGAAAUGGAACACGCAAAAGUUAAUCCUUUGUCUCUGAAAGCUGGCGACUUUCACAUUUCAGCCUACUUUGUCAAAAGAUGGACGAAUCUUCAAUGUAUUAUGGGUCGGAAGCAUGGCGAGCUGCGAGUGUUUCCUGACCGAUUUGUGGUUUGUGUCACAAGACUUGACUCCAGUCCACCUCCUCAGGAAGAGACCCUUCCUCCUGGGACGUCUGAAUAUUUCGGAGAAUCUGCGGCAACUUCCCUGACUCAGCAGGAAAAGCAAGAGGCCCUGAAAAAGAUAGUGAAGAGGACCAAAACAAAGAAAGCUGACGAGAGCAAGCAGACCAGCAAGGACACCGUGAAAGUAUAUCUUGGCUCUCUGCACUCAGACAGGGAGUAGGAAGAAUGCAUCUCCAGCUCCUUCCGAUGCUCAGCCCGAAGCAAAAAACGUAGGCGUGGAGCUCGACCAAAGGAUUGCAUAAAUACAGCUGAGAGCAGCUUGGGGCUUCCUGUUUCAGAAUGGGACAAGUGAUGUGAAUUGGAGACAGCCGAGCCGUGCAGCCGGCCAGCAAAAACUUCAUUUUGCGGCGUGGUUAGACAGGGCUUCGACGCAGGAACCCUCGGCGGUGCUGUGAGUCAGCAGCCCUGCCACAUCCAAACCAAAGUCAAAGGGUGACUGAAACGACUGCUGUCCUGUCCUGCAGGAGCAAUAAGGUUGUCUCCGAGGCAGGAUCACUCUGUUCCCAGACUUGCAGUCGUGCUGGUUGUCCGGGGACAUCUUUCAGAGAAGUUCCCCCCACCCCACCCCCAAAUCCCACAUUGUUUUUUCUACACGAGGCUUUGGCAGGAACCAAGUCUGAUGGAGAGUUGCUUACUCGAAGAAAAAGCCUUCCUGAGAGACUUGUUUUUAUGAGAAAUAGGACGGCCCCGUCAUUGCAGACAAACCAAAACCGACUGCAGUCACGAAAGAAUAACCCUUAACGCUUAACCCCUCAUAUGCCAAGCUUGCAGAGAGACUCAUUCAGUGUGUGUGUGUGUGUGUGUGUGUGUGUGUGUGUGUGUGUGUUGGCUGGGAAUUGCGGGGGUUGGGGGAAAGGCCAUCCUAAAAGCAAGCCACAGAAAAAUACAGUUCCCCAAAUUUAAAGCUAUGAUGAUUCCGUCUUCCGCCAGGGCCAUAGUUAAUAUAUAUUGGUUUCUUGGUGGGCUUGCUAAGUAGCUGCAAGUAUCAUCUAAAUGGGCAUUUCUCCUGAACUUUCUUAAGGUUUCAGAUCCGUGACAUCACUGAAAUGUAACAAGAAACAAGUUCCAUAUAGCAUUGUAUUCUACACCUGGUAGUGAUCUACAACAGGUAAUUGGAGAAAUGAGUUUUGAUCUGUUUUUGGCUUCCCUCAAAGACCCUUCUUCAUUUUGUCAUGAAUCCAUUAUGGGCCUUUAUCUGCUGCAGUUGUUUACAACCUAAUUGUCAUCAUUUACUUCCAUGGGAAUCAAACUGUUUUUUUGUAUAGCUUUUAAUAUGCAAAAGCCAUUUAGAAGAAAUAGAGUGCGCUGAAUGGAAUAUAUUUUCCCAGCCAGCAGGUUGGGAAGAGAGAGAGAAGCAGAAAGGAUAAGAUUAAGCCCACCCCUUUACCUCGAAUCCACUUAAAUUUGUUUGGAGCUAAACCUCUAUUAUUGGAUUAUUAUGAGAUUUACUAUUCACUUGACUCACUUUUCUUUCUCCAUUGCAAUAAAUGUUUACGAGGACAUUAAAA